AGAACAGGCUGGCCGUCAUUGAUGAUGACGUAUAAACCAGGAACUGUGAGCAGGUAGAAUUGGUGUGCUGGCAUUCAGAAGAAAUUUGGAUCAAAGUACCAAAUAAUUCUUCAGUCCUGUCGUCUAGUGUCCACAUAAAGCUGUUAUACAAUUCCUAGUGCAGAAACACCUCUACUAAGCGGUAUAUUCUCCCGAUAAACAACAUUUCUGGCUGAGGAGGGGAAAAUGGGGAAGAAGGAUGCCAAUGCGACCCAGUUACCAGUUGAUCAGUACCGAAAACAGAUUGGUAAACAGGACUACAAAAAGACUAAAUCUGUCUUAAAGGCUACACGUCUGAAGGCUGAGGCAAAGAAGACUUCCUCUGGAUUCAGGGAUGCCUUCCUGGUCAUUGCAGCUCUCCUGUUCUUUGUCCUCUGUGUCUAUGCCUUCUUCUACCUCAAUCUGAGCACUGAGAUUAACCUGGAUGUGGAUAUGGAUUAAUAAGAGCUGGACCACAUUGAUACAAUUUUCUUGCACCACACUUAUGCUGUUUCUGUUUGUUAGAUAAUUGGUUAAUCCCAAUUUUCGUAUUUUAAUGUUUCUCGGUCCUUGAGCCUUGUUUGGCCAGGAAGUCGUUCUGGUCAGCUAUGAUGAAGGAUGUCCCAAAGCUGUUAUUUCUGCUCUGAGGAGCAAGGAGGCUCCUGGAGAAACUAUAACCCAAGAUGCAGGAGUGCGUAUUUUACAGAAAUCUGGAUUGACACACCCCUUUUUUUGGAAAUCAGUUGGUGAUUGGACGCUUGAUAUGAAGGAUCGGAGGAAAGGACGUCUCAAUUAAAACAUGUUUCCUUGGCUCCUCUCUCCUCGCAAUUUGUCCUUGCAUCUUUUCCUUGCCUCUUAGGUGGGCGGGACUAACUGGGAAUGUACACUGAAAGCAAGACAUGAGCAGCGCAUUCCAUGCUUUUGUCUUCAAAACAGCUGUUUGUCAGCAGGACAAUGGCAGGAGAAACCCGUCUUAACUAGGUGGACAGAUGGCACAAAUGUACUGGACAAAAAUAGUUUUCGUGUAGGCCUAUGUUCCUCAGGAAGUAAUCCCAUGGUUUGUAUCCCAGGAAUUUGAAUUUCUUUGGCUCUACAGAGUGAAACUCAAAACAGCCUGAUCAUUCAUAUGAAAUACCAGAAGAAACUGACAAUAGCAGGAUUUGUAUGAUUUUUUUAACAGCUAUGUGUGGAGAUUACACUUCACUAGGAAAAAAGUAGACCUGAGGCAUAAAAAAACAAAACAAAACACAAGCAUGCCAAGGGAGACGUGCAUCUUGGACUCAGUAGGGCUUGACAUGCUUGGUGUGGUUUAGGGGUAAGAGGCAAGGAAAAGACACAAGUGAGGGAAACGUG